AUGAAUUUCACUCAUGGAAUCACUCACACUCCAGCGACUUCAGUUAUUCGGGAUCUGAUCGAUAGUCUCUUAGAGUACGUUCGACUAUAUUGGGUGGAUCUCUCCAAUACGCGUCGAUGCCGUGUCAUUCCACGGGAAUCCUUCCUGCAGCUCAUGGAAUCCAACCGCCCAGGGGUCAACGUUGGUCAAGUCGCUCUGGGACUCGUUUACCUAACCAUAGCCGAAGGAUUUCACCCAAUCGGUGAAUAUCUCUAUGUGCCAGAUCUAAGCUCUUUGCGAAUUUUGCAUGGUGUGGGCAAAAGUCCGAUAUUUGGGAUUCUGGGCAAAUUUGAAAACAAGAGUCCAGAAGGCAAGAAGAGUGGCGUCGAAGUUGAGAUGUGUCCAAGGACCGCCUUGAGUCGGAUAAUUCGAGAAGUACGAACCAAGUGUUCUGCAGAAUUCUUGGUCGGGUUCGAGAGCGAAUUUAUUCUACUCAAAUCGACUAACCCUGUUGUGUCCAUGAACGUGCAUGGGUGGUCUGCUUCGGCUGGUAUGCUCAAUGGAUCGAUAGAAGCAGAAAUAAUGGAAGAGAUAGCCGACUCUUUGCAAGCCAGUGGGAUUACAGUUGAACUUUUUCACCCAGAAGCUGCGCCAGGUCAAUACGAAGUCGCGACUGGUCCACUUCCUCCACUGGAGGCGGCAGACGCUUUGGUGUACACACGUGAAAUCAUCGUCAACGUCGCAGCCAAACACGGCGUCCAUGCCACCUUCGCUCCACGUCCAUUCAUGUACAGCGCCGGGACCUCCACCCACGCUCACAUCUCCGUGCAUGACAUUGCUAACCGCCCCGAAUUUAGAAAAGCUCCGGGCGAAUUGUCGUUGCUUGAGAAAGCUUUUCUAGCCGGGGUCCUAUCCCAUCUCCCCGCCAUCGCCGCCAUCACACUGCCAAUCCCUGCGUCGUACAAGCGAGCAGUGGACGGUGCCUGGAGCGGAGGAACGUAUGUUUCUUGGGGAACGGAAAAUCGGGAAGCGCCGAUCCGAUUGACAAAUGUUGCUUCGCCCAAUUCCAGAAGGUACGAGUGUCGGUUCAUCGAUGCAACCGCGAAUCCGCAUCUUGCCCUUGCGGCAGUUCUUGGUUCAGCAUUGGCCGAAAUGGGGGCUGUUAGUGACGGAUCCGGGGAUGUCCAGUUGGAAGUUCAGGACGCUGGAACCAAACCAGCGGCGGUUAUGACCGAAGAAGAGAGAAAGACUCACGGAAUUACUAAGAGAAUGCCUGCAAGCUCGGGAGAAGCAAGGUCGUAUUUGCGCGGCGAUGGUCAAUUAUGUGAGGUCCUUGGUAAGGAACUCAUUGAAGCAUUUUUGUCGGUAAACAAAACACUCGAGGAUGCUUUGACACAAGACCAGUUCGAAGAUGAACAGGUAACGAGAUUGGUAGAGUUUUAUUGA